GAGCGUCCGGACCUGCUGGACCUGCCCGCGGAGGGCGACGCGACCGCGCGCCCACUGACGCCCGCCGCCUCCACAGAGGCCGUCGCCGACGACGCCGACCCCUUCGACACGUCCAUCGCGGAGCAGCUGCUGCCCGGGCGCGCCGAGCUGCGCCUCAUCGAGUCCGAGAUCCUCGGCCAGUAG